CUCUUCACAGUAACCCAAAUCACACCCUUAACAGCAAAUUCCCAAACCGCAAAUAUCUCUCUUCCUCUCUUUCUCUCUACGACCAUGGCUGAGACCGUCGCUGAGAUGCCCAUUGACCCAGUCCCUACAAGGAGGCCAAGGAACACGAGGAAGGCACUGAAGGAGAAAAACCCAUCAGCCAAUGAGGCCAACAUCAUGGUCGGGAAGGUCUCCCAGCCAUCUCCGAGCCCGGUUCCCCCGGCCGAUGACCACCCAGAAAAGGAGAACCACGAGAGCCUCUCGCAGCCACGGUCUUCGCCCAAGAAAAGCAAAGCAGCGGCCUCCAAAAAACAGUCAAAGCAAAAGCAGCAAUCUUUUGAGCAAGACUUGCUGGAAAUGCAAGAGAAGCUGCAGCAGCUGAGGCUCGAGAAGGAGAAGACCGAGGAGCUCUUGAAGGCCAAGGAUGAGAUGCUGCAGCAGAAGGAGGAAGAGCUUGAGAACAGGGGCCGACAGCAGGAGAAGCUUCAGAUGGAGUUGAAGAAGUUGCAGAAGUUGAAGGAGUUCAAACCCACAAUGACUUUCCCUAUUGGUCAAUCUCUGAGAGACAAGGAACAAGACAAGAAAGAAAAGAAGAAGAAGGGUUGCCCUGAACGGAAAAAGCCUUCUCCACCUUACAUCCUAUGGUGCAAAGAUCAGUGGAAUGAGAUCAAGAAAGAGAAUCCAGAGGCUGAAUUCAAAGAAAUUUCAAACAUUUUGGGGGCAAAAUGGAAGAAUGUAACUGCAGAAGAGAAGAAGCCUUAUGAGGACAAGUAUCAGGCCGAAAAGGAAGCUUAUUUGCAAGUGAUGGCGAAGGAGAAGCGCCAGUGUGAAGCCAUGAAGCUCUUCGAUGAGGAGAACAAACAGAAGACUGCUAUGGAGUUGCUUGAACAGUAUGUCCAGUUCAAACAAGAAGCAGAAAAAGAAACCAAGAAGACGAAAGAGAAGGAUCCAUUGAAACCUAAGCAUCCUAUGUCAGCAUUUUUCCUGUUCACAAACGAGAGGCGGGCUGCUCUGCUAGCAGAGAGCAAGAGCAUUUUAGAGGCUGCGAAGAUCACUGGUGAAGAGUGGAAAAACAUGACAGAAGAGAAGAGAGCGCCUUAUGAAGAGAUAGCAAAGAAGAACAAGGAAAAGUAUAUGCAAGAAAUGGAGGCUUACAAACAGAUGAAGGAUGAAGAAGCUGCCAAUCUUAGAAAGGAUGAGGAAGAGCAGAUGAAGCUUCAGAAGCAGGAGGCAUUGCAGCUUCUGAAGAAGAAGGAGAAAACUGAAAACAUAAUCAAGAAAACGAAAGAGAAUCAGAAAAAGAAGAAGCAGCAGAAGGGAGACAAGAAUUCUGACCCCAACAAGCCUAAAAGGCCUGCAUCGUCAUUCAUUUUAUUCAGCAAGGAUGCAAGGAAGAGUUUGUUGGAGGAGCGACAAGGGAUCAACAACUCUACCCUCAAUGCUUUGAUUUCUGUGAAAUGGAAGGAACUGAGUGAAGAAGAGAAAAGAACUUGGAAUGAUAAAGCUGCUGAGGCAAUGGAGGCCUACAAGAAGGAAUUGGAGGAAUACAAUAGAUCUGCUGCUGCAACCUUGGGUCACGAACUCCAAGAAUGAAACAUGAUGUUCAAGUGUGUUGCAUUGAACAUCUUGUACUUGGCUAUCAGUUUGAUAGCCUAAUAUUUGAUGUUUUGAAAAUUGUUUGGCUGUAUUUCAAGUAAUGGCAACUUUGUACUAACCGUCUUAAUUCAAACUCUCUAGUCCAUUUGAUCCA